ACAGACACUUCGGCAGGACUGCGAACAAGACUUCUUCCUUCCUGUAAAUCCUUUAUCACAUUGAGAAUCCCAAACCCAGGCUGAACCGCAAUGGGAGAAUGGAAUUUCCUGAGUGAUCUCUUGGAGUCGAUCCAGGCCCAUGCUCCUAUGGUUGGGCGGAUCUGGCUGCUCCUCAUGUUGAUUUUCCGGAUCCUGAUCCUGGGCACGGUGGGAGGUGACAUUUUUGAGGAUGAACAAGAAGAGUUUGAGUGUAACACUCUGCAGCCAGGGUGUAAGCAGGUCUGUUACAGCAAAGCCUUCCCGAUCUCUCCUUACAGAUUCUGGGUUUUCCACAUUGUCAUCUUGUCCAUCCCGGCCCUGCUGUUUGUGGUGUACGCUAUGCACCAGUCCUCCAAGAGUGUGGAGAAACAGGAGAAGAUCGGCCUCCUCCAAAACAAAGAGACGCCAACCAGAGGAACGCCUAGAAUCCGCAAGUGUUACAUUGUUCAUGUGCUGAUACGGCUGCUGGCUGAGGUUGGUUUAGUGGUAUCUCAGUGUGCGCUGUACGGCUUCACCAUUGAACCUCGCUUCCUGUGUGUCAGUUUCCCGUGCCCUCACACUGUCGAUUGCUUUGUCUCGCGACCAAUGGAGAAGACGGUGUUCCUGAUCUUUUAUUUUGUCAUCGGGGUCAUCUCGGCCGUCAUCAGCCUGGUCGAGCUGCUGCACAUCCUGCUGAAAAUCUGCUGCAGCAGUCAAUCCCUGGAGCCCUGCGAGAGACAAAACCAGUCCAACAUUCACCACGAGAGAGAGAGGCACAUGCACUCGCUGCCACUGCUCCACACGGCAGGGAAUGUGAAGCCCAUCACAUACCAUCAUCCUGCCACUCAGUGGCACAAAGAGGAAUAUCCAAAUCUUCAGGGGGGCCCCCAGUCUGACACUGAGUCCAGCCUCACCAGUAAAUCCACCAUCCUCACCAAGUCAGUGAGAAGCAGCACCAGCAACCAGUCCAGUGUCAAGAAGCCACCUCUCAACAUCUGAAGAUGUAACAAAUAGUUUGAUUUCACUCCAGUCCUUUCUUCUUACAUCACAAAUACUGCACGUAACAUUGCAUCGUUGUAUAAACUGUGUAAACCAUCUCCAGAGCUCAUGCUGAUUGCCCACUAAUCCAGCUCACUAUGUUUUGUGCUCUUUCCGCUCUGAGUUGUUUUGCUGUAUGAUUUGCUUGUUGGGCUGGUCGGACGGGCUGUUUAGCUGCUCUCACAAACCCACGUUGUUUUCUAGUUUACGUUUGGUGCUGAGGGGAGCUUUGCAGAAGGCUGGCUCUGUUAGGGUUGGCUGGUUGGCUGGGUCGGUGGCUGUGUGUUCAAUUGAAUGACAGGCUUUGUCUUCACAGCUGCUGAGCUCGCUGGUCUGGCACUGUGAGGGCAGUCAGGGAUUUUGCGAAUUCAGGUUAAUCAAUGCUUCAAUUGGUAUUUGUGAUGGAGAGUUUGUUUUACAAGAAUCAUCCUUUUUUAACGAUCUUUUAGAUCUCAAAAUGUUUUCUAGUAAUUCCUGUUAAUGUUCAGUUACUGCUUUUUGGUGGCAAAUGUGGCAGCUACUUGGGCAUAACAAAGUCCCACGAUGCCAUCAACAGCCACAAAGUGAAUGACAAUCAAUGUACCUCCAG